AUGCCCGACCCAGACUCGCUUCCGAACCGUGCCUUUACCGUUGUUAAUCACGACCUUGAAGACGACCCCGAAGCAGAGGACAAGAAGUCUACCUUGAUCCUAAACCGGUCGCGGCGACAUUGUGGAACAGUGCCGAGUCCCAACCUUCACCAAGUAGCGGAGGCACGCAGCAGGACGCUCACAGCCCCGUCGCCGACCUCUUCGUGCCAUACGGCGUCCAGUGGUGAUCACGAGGCUACAUCCCGAACUGGCGCUCAACACUCGUCUCCGCUUCGCCCACACAGCUUGCCCCAUUGA